AUGUCCGACCCUGUCAUCAUGCAGCCAGUCCACAGCAGCGGCACGUCCCGAGACGACGCCAAGGAUGCCACUGCCGUCGUCGUCAAGCCCCGAGAGCCCCGGCGCCUCAUCGGCCGCGGAGGCCGGCUCUCCUCCAUCGUCAUGGUCCUCGUUGCCGGCGCCGCGCUCUUCUCCGACGGCUACAACGCGCAGGUCGUCGGCCACAUGAACCCCGUCCUCUCCGCGCUGUACCCGGCCUCCUACACCAAGCGCGUCAAGACGGCCAUGUCCAACGCCUUCCUCAUCGGCGAGGUCUUUGGCAUGCUCUUCUUCGGCUGGGCCGUCGACCGGCUCGGCCGCCGCACCGGAAUCUUCUGGGCGACGCUGUUCCUGGUCCUCGGCAUCGUGCUGGCUACAGCUGCGCACGGCGCUACGCGCGACGGCAUGUUUUGGAUGAUGAUCAUCGGACGCGGCGUUGCCGGGUUCGGGGCGGGAGGUGAGUACCCGACGUGCGCGACAAGCACAUCGGAAGCGGCAGAUGAGAAUGCCCAGGUCCGACGCCGUCGUGGCAUGCUCUCUGCUGUCGCGACAGACUUCGCCAUCGAUCUUGGCUUCGUUUUUGCGGGCAUCGUCGUGCUGAUCGUUCUGGCCGCGUACAACUACAAGCCUACCGAUGGCCUUUGGCGAGUCUGCUUUGGUCUCGGUCUGGUGCUCCCGGUUGCCCUUCUGUUCGUUCGUCUGCGUCUGGUCAACUCGACACAAUACCAGAAGCACGCCAUGAAGAAGGAGAUUCCCUACUGGCUGGUGAUUAGGCGUUACUGGAAGCCCAUGAUUGGCACUUCCAUGGCGUGGUUUGUUUAUGACUUUGUGACUUAUCCAUUUGGCCUCUUUGGAUCGACUAUUCUGGCCACUCUGAACCCCAGCGACAGCCUGAUCCAGACCGUCGGCUACGGCACCGUUCUUAACUGCUUCUACUUGCCCGGCUGUCUUCUCGGAGGCUAUCUCAUGGACAAGAUUGGCCGCAAGCAGACAAUGACUCUCGGCUUCGUCCUCUGGUCCGUCAUGGGAUUCAUCAUCGGCGGCGUUCUGAACCCGCUCAAGACCGUCUUCCCCCUCUUCGUCAUCAUGUACGGAAUCUUCAACGCAGUCGCCGAGAUGGGCCCUGGUGUGGCCACAUUUCUCUGCGGUGCCGAGUCUUUUCCCACCCCCGUCCGAGGCCACUUUCUCGGCCUGGCAGCCGCCGUGGGCAAGGCUGGCGCUGCCAUUGGCACCCAAGUAUUUACUCCAAUCCAAGACUCGUUCAACGACGAGAACAAGGGCGUUCAAGGCGUGUUCCUCAUCGGAGCUGGUUUCGCGAUGACGGGGGCCGUCAUCACCUGGUUCCUGGUUCCUGACAUGGAGCGCGAGCUAGAGAGCGAGGAUGUCAAGUUCCGUCGCUACCUGGAGGAAAAUGGAUAUCACGGUGUUUUUGGUGAAGACGGAAAAGAUGAUGGUGUUUCGGUUUCCCAAAAAUAG